AUGGAGAAAGAGGAAGGAGAGGAAGAUGAAGAAGAAUAGGAGAAGUAAGAAGAAUCAAAAGAAGAAAUCAGUUUAAAGGACCUUAAGCAAUUAUCAGGCACAGUCUGGAUCCUCCUGAUGAUCUGCACGUUCAGUCUUUGUAUAUUCAUUCCUUUCUUGGACAAUGCUAAUUCAUUCUGUUAAGAGAGAUUCAACCUUUCAAAUAUAUCAGCAGGUAGAGCCAUCAUCAUUACCUAUUUGACACCAAUUUUUGUAUCUCCAUUUAUUGGGUAUGUAGUUGAUAAGGUGGGUUAUAGAAGAAGAUGGAUGAUAUUGACAUCUCUGCUCUUUAUCCUCUCCCAUUUAUUAUUCGCAAUCAUACCGACUCCUGAGGAUGGAUCGCCUUAAUAUGCAGCUGUAGUUCCUUUGUUCUUAUUAGGAGUCAGUUAUGCAUUCUAUUCUUGCGUUAUGAUUCCUUGUGUCCAGUAUCUUGUUGAAUAAAGAAUCAUGGGCACUGCUUUUGGAUUGAUGGGGUUAUUUGAAAGCAUCGGAGCUUGUAUCUUCCCUCUUGUUUCCUCUUAAAUCUACAAUACUAAUGGUGAUUAUAGGUAGGUUGGAUUCUUUUACAUGGGAAUUGGUUGUGUUAAUUUAAUCUUUGUAUUGACAUUAUACUUUGUUGAUAAGAAGGGGAGUGAAGUACUUGAUAAGAUUAACCCCUUGGAAGAUAAAAGUGAUAAGGAAUCGUCAUCCACUUCUGAUGAUUCUGUUGCUUCAGAUUUAACAGAUGAGGAUGAAAGAGAGUAUAUAGAGAUGAAAUCAAAUAUUAAUUCUUUAAAGUUAUAGCCAUUGGAAACUAAUAGUGACACAAAAAGCGAACCAGGGGAUAUUAAGAUGCAAAGAUCUCUAAGCUUCGAAUAUUCAAUGCAAGUUACAAAAAUAGAUAAUUAAUGA